ACGGUAUUUGCAUUUCCUCACUGCUCUCUGUGGACUGUUCAAUCAGAAGCCAGAGGUUUCCAGAAGAAAGAGACCAUCAAACAACGGAGAUGAAAAUCCACCACGUUGCUUGCUUAGAGGACAACUACGCAUACCUAAUCAUUGACGAGAGUACCAAAGAAGCUGCAGCUGUGGAUCCAGUUGAGCCUGAAAAGGUUCUUAAAGCAGCUCAAGAACAUGGCGUUGAUAUCAAGCUCGUCCUCACCACUCACCACCACUGGGAUCGCGCUGGUGGAAAUGAGAAGAUAAAGCAGCUGGUGCCGGGGAUUAAGGUAUAUGGUGGUUCUAUUGAUAAUGUAAAGGGCUGCACUCGGAAGUCUGGUUUCUUGUGA